UAAAAUUUUACCAAAAUUUGGUUUACCCUCCCACAUGCCCAAAUCUCCUCCUCCGCCAUGGCUGUGAACUUAUGAGGAGAGUUGAUGAGCUAAAAAGAGCACAGCCAUGGCUACGACUUCACCCAACAAACUCUCACUCUUCCCUCUACUAUCCCUUCUCUGUUUUAUCUCCAUUUUCUUCCUCCUCUCUCUAUCCCGUCGCGCUUCUCUCUCCUCUCCCAACACUCACCGCUCCGCCACCGUCUUCACCCCGAGAUCCGACGACGCUUCCCGCACUGUUGCCUCCUCCACUUGCGACUUAUCCGACGGCUCAUGGAUCUACGAUUCCAACUUCAGAUCCGCUAGGUACGAUAGUAGUUGUAAAGAGAUCUUCAAAGGAUGGAACUGCGUUCGUAACAACAAAACCAAUGGCCUUGAGAUCUCUAAGUGGCGAUGGAAGCCUAAGGACUGUGAUCUUCCUUCGUUUGAUCCACUCGAGUUUCUUGAAACUCAUCGAAAUACCAACAUUGGAUUUGUGGGUGAUUCCUUGAAUAGGAACAUGUUUGUAUCACUUUUUUGUAUGUUGAAGAGUGCGACGGGUGAACUGAAGAAGUGGCGACCAGUGGGUGCAGAUCGUGGAUUCACAUUUUUGCAGUAUAAUCUGACCAUUGCGUAUCAUCGAACAAAUCUCUUGGCACGUUAUGGUAGGUGGUCAGCUAAUGCUAAUGGUGGUGAGUUAGAAUCACUUGGAUUUAUGGAGGGGUAUAGAAUUGAUGUUGAUAUUCCAGACAGCUCAUGGAUAAAGGCUUCAAGCUUCCAUGACAUUCUCAUUUUGAACACUGGGCACUGGUGGUGGGCGCCAUCAAAAUUUGAUCCUUCAAAAUCUCCUAUGCUUUUCUUUGAAGGCGGCCGGCCAAUACUUCCACCUAUAAAUCCUGCCGCUGGCCUGGAUAGGGUUCUAAACCAUAUGGUAAAUUUUGUGGAGAAAACAAAGCGACCUGGAGGAAUCAUAUUCUUCCAGACACAAUCACCUAGGCACUUUGAAGGAGGUGACUGGGAUCAAGGUGGUACUUGUCAACGACUGCAACCUUUGUCACCUGGAAAAGUUGAAGAAUUGUUCUCGGUGAGAAACAACGGGACAAAUGUAGAGGUUCGUCUGGUGAAUCAACACCUCUUUAACUCUUUUAAGAGUAGAAGCAACUUCCACGUUUUGGACAUAACUCGAAUGAGUGAGUACAGAGCCGAUGCUCAUCCGGCAGCAGCUGGUGGUAAGAAUCACGAUGAUUGCAUGCAUUGGUGCCUUCCGGGCAUCACUGACACUUGGAAUGAUUUAUUCGUCGCAACUCUCUAUACGAUCAAAGCUUAGUAAUCAAAAUAACAUGUUUUGAUUUGUUGGGUCUAGCGGCAUUGUCAUACUCUUGUAAAUUUUGAUGUUGUCUUCUGCAUUUUUUUUUUAGUUGUUUUUUGGCCUACAAUUAACAAAAAUUUAUGGGCUCAAAAAUGUUUCUUAGGUUUGUAAUAAACAUGCCAUAUCUUGUUGCA